AUGUAUAGCGACAAUUACCGAAACACGCUUCUGGUGGACGUCCUGGAGUACUUCCGGCUGGUUAAGCCCAGCCACAACUUCGCGCCGCAGGCGACGCAGGCGUCUCUGGACCAGGAGUCGUCGAAUAAAUCGACCAAAGAAGCAGACAUCGAGAAGGACCUCGAGUCCGGCAGCGGCGCUGGCAGCGCCGCCGCCAGCGCCACGGGCGAAAACAGGACCGACGGCGAGGCGGCGGCCAGCGACCCGUUCCUGGUCGACUGGAACGGACCCAGCGACCCCGAAAACCCCCACAACUGGAGCAGGUCCAAGAAGGGCUUUGUGGUGGUCCAGAUCAUGAUCCUCACGUGCGUCACAUACAUGGGCGCGUCCAUCUACACGCCGGGCCAGGAGUACAUCCAACAGGAGUUCGGCGUGGGCCACGUCGUCGGCACGCUCAACCUCUCCCUCUACGUGCUGGGCUACGGCCUGGGCCCCAUGGUGUUCUCGCCGCUCUCGGAGACCGCGCGCUUCGGGCGCCAGCACAUCUACCUCGUCACACUAUUCCUCUUCAUGAUUUUCCAGGUGGGCGCCGCCACGGUUCAUAACAUUGGCGGCCUGGUCGUUAUCCGGUUCAUCAGCGGCGUGCUGUGCUCGCCUGCGCUCGCCACGGGCGCGGGAAGCAUGGGCGACUUCAUCUCUCCGGAGCUCGUACCCAUCUUCAUUGGUAUGUGGGCCGUGGGCGCCGUGGCGGCCCCCGUGCUCGCUCCUCUCCUGGGUGCGGCCAUGACAGUCGCGGAAAACUGGCGCUGGAUCUUCUGGCUGUUGAUGUGGCUUGCCGCUGCCACGUUCCUGCUCCUGGCGGCCUUCUUCCCAGAGACGUAUGCAAGCAACAUCCUGCACCGCCGCGCGGCCAGAAUCAGACGCGAGACCGGCGACAACCGCUACUACACCAAGCAGGAGCGCGCCGAAAGCGAAAUUAAAACCAAGGACUUCAUCUCGGAGAUCCUGUACAGACCCUUUGAGAUCAUUUUCAAGGAGCCUAUUGUGCUAGCCUUCGACAUCUACAUCGCGCUCUGUUACGGCGCGUUCUACCUCUUCUUCGAGGCCUUCCCCAUUGUGUUUGUCGGCAUUUACAACUUUACUCUGAUCGAGCUGGGCCUCGCGUUCCUGGGCUUCUGCGUGGGCUGUGUGAUAGCGUACAUCGCGUUCCUGACAUUCCUGGCCAAAGUCAUCAUGCCAAAGUUCAAGAACAACACUUUCACUCCCGAAUCUUUCCUCUUACUAGCCAUGUCCGUGUGCUGGUCUCUGCCCCUGUCGCUCUUCCUGUUUGGCUGGGCGGCCGGCGUCCACUGGAUCCUGCCGAUGAUCGCGGAGAUAUUCUUUGUUUUGUGUGUAUUCAACUUGUUCCAGGCCACCUUUGCCUACCUGGCCAUCUGCUACCCACGCUACAUGGCGUCCGUGUUUGCCGGAAAUGGCUUCUGUCGUGCAGUUUUCGCAUGCGCCUUCCCGCUCUUCGGUCGCGCAAUGUAUGAGAACCUUGGUUCCGAGAAGUACCCGGUAGGGUGGGGCUCUUCUUUGGUGGGGUUCUUCAGCAUUGCUUUGGCCGCCAUUCCUUUCAUUUUCAACAAAUAUGGCUCGCAGUUGAGGGGCAGGUCCUCUUACGCUAAUUAA